AUGGGCAACUACUGCUCUACCUGCUUCGGCAGUGGGAGGAGCGAUGACUAUGAUGAGGAGGAUGAGGCCCAGCAUCUCUUCGACGAGAACAACAUGCACUACGGUAGCUUUGAUCAGCAACACAUGAUGAACCAGGAAGACCCCCAAGAGACAGAAAGGGAAAUUGCGGCUCUGCAGGGUGUGGUGGAACGUACAUCCAACAACAUGGUCGACAUCUACGACAUGGUCCCGCAUGACAAACCCAUGCAGGACGCCCCUGCUCCCUACGGCUUCGCCGGCCAGCGCUACAAUGCCCUGCUUUCCAAGCUCUCGACCCACGACGACAUGGCCUCCGUGGCACGGGUUGAUUGGGGCACCCCUGAGGACGACAGCAUGGAGAUGCUGCGCAAAGCUUCCCUGCCAACCAUCCCCAUCAAGGCCGAAGGAGGCGACCUCGUCGGUAACUUUACCGAUGCCGCUGCCGCCAUGCGCUGA